UUUACAUAUUUCCGCACAAACGUCAGAAAAAGCAAAGUCCAAAGCCACAAAAACAAAACAAAAACCCGCUUAAUCGUUCCAAAAAAAAAGGAAAGAAAAAUAUGUCACGAAUCAAAGACGACCACACAAAUUUCGCAUCAACUCCAACAUCUAAAAAGCUAAGGUUUCGUGGAGAAAUAAAUUUACAAAAUCGCAUCGAUGAAAUCUUCGACGAUGUUAGCGAGCGGAGAAAACUAAAGACUGCUUCUUCUUGUGACGAAAAUGCCGAUGAAGUGGAACCCAAACGAAAAGGAACCCCAUCGUUUAUGGACUUCGUCAAAGUAGAAAUGACUCGCGGUUAUAUAUUGGAACACGACGAGGAGCGCUACUCUGCUCGCCGUCAGAAAAUAUACUCAUUCAUGAAAAUUCCCCGUGAAGUGGAGAAGUUUAUGGGCUACGGUGUAAUUCAGUGUGCCGAUUCAUUCCUCUACAUCCACACAUUUUUACCCAUUCGAUUCUUCCUGGCUAUUUGGGCUGUCAUAAGUCGACCAAUAGCCAAUUGCCUAGGACUCCGAAGGAGAACCCAAAAGCUGCUAACACCGGCUGAGAUUUGUGACCUGUUGAAGGGUGUCAUCUGGAUUGCAUGCACAUUCCUCAUGCUCUCUGUGGAUACAAAUCGCAUCUAUCACAUAAUUAAAUCCCAGAGCAUCAUAAAAUUGUACAUUUUUUACAAUAUGCUCGAGGUUGGUGAUCGACUGCUCUCGGCUUUCGGCCAGGACACCAUAGAUGCCCUCUUCUGGACGGCAACUGAGCCGAAAAACAAGAAGCGCGAACACUUCGGUCUCAUUCCACACAUUAUUUUUGCCUUAAUAUAUGUCGUGCUGCACAGUUUCCUAAUCAUGUUUCAAGCCACAACAUUGAACGUAGCUGUGAACUCAAACAACAAGGGUCUUCUCACAAUAAUGAUUUCAAACAAUUUCGUAGAGCUAAAAGGCAGUGUAUUUAAAAAAUUCGACAAGAAUAACCUCUUCCAGCUAACCUGCAGUGAUGUGCGCGAGCGAUUCCACUUGUCGGUUCUUUUGUUUAUAGUGGUCAUCCAAACAAUGAAGGAGUUCAAUUGGAGUGCUACGCAAUUCUAUGUUAUGCUUCCCGAUUGCAUCUAUGUGCUGAUCACAGAAAUUCUAAUCGAUUGGGUGAAGCACGCAUUCAUUACAAGAUUCAAUGAGCUGCCAGUGGACGUGUAUCGAGAAUACACAAUUAGUUUGGCCUACGACAUGACCCAAACGCGUCAAAAACACGCAUUUUCUGAUCACUCUGAUUUGGUGGCCAGAAGGAUGGGUUUCAUUCCAUUUCCUCUGGGGGUUGUUCUCAUUAAGGCAAUUCACAGUGCUGUUUCAUUCGAUAACUGUGCGGCAAUUGUUUUGUUUUUCAUCGCAUAUCUAACAUUGAUGGGCUGCAGGAUUCUCAACACAAUUUGUGCGCUCGGAAAGGCCUGCGAGCUUAUGAAGCAACAUCAAGAGGAAAAGAACAAUUCCACACCCGCUUCAUCGGUCACAAAUGUAUGCCCGAUUCCAACUGUCCAGAGUCCAACCCGCCCCAAGGCAGCACCAACACCUAUACCAGAGACAACAAAUGCAACAGGUUUGCCUUCGGUACUGCAUCGUUCGUAUAUAAAUGAUGCUGCUUCAAUCGGAGCUACAUCUACUCCGAAUAAAUCAACUGCCGUUGAGGAAUCCGAUUCUCUUUUAGAUGCAAAAAAUUCCCUAGAACUUGGAGCAACUGCACUCUUUUCGAACAGUGACGUCGACUUAGAUGAUGUUUGUUUAAAUGAGAAAGUCCUGGAGGCUUCCACGACGUCUGGGGGCGAUGAAGUUUUCGAAGAAGGAAAAGAACUCACUCGCAGUGUUCCCGACUUACAACAAGAAUCAAGUGGUGUGGGGAGCAAUGUAUCUUCUGAACGACCAGCUAAAAAGAAAAUUGUGCGAAAGCACAAACGUUCUGAAUCCGAGCCAUCUAUGCAGAGCAUUAUGGGGGAAAAAGAGGCGCCAGCGUAGUUGACUUAGCCAAACUCAUAGUUUGUUAUUUGCUUCUUGUGGUUUAUGUUUAAAAUAAAAUAUUCCUUUUUUUUCGUAUGUUGAAAGCGAUUAACUGUUGAGGUACUGUUAUCACAAAACAAACAAACAUAACCACAACAAUUAUUACUGUAUUUAAAUUUUAAAUAUUUAUAUAAAAAAAAAUAUUCAAAUAAAUUAAUUUUAUGAUUGUUUAUAAUGAAAGAA